AUGGAGGGCAGCCGUCGUGACGGUGCUGACCACCGGAAAGUGCAAACGAACUCGAUUAGGAUCUGCUUCGAUUUCCCGAUUGGUCUUCAGAGUGAUCUAAUUGUGUUGAUACUCUUCUAUCUUAUUUGGAUUCUCCAAGCCAUAUGCUACUGUGGCGGUUCGGUCAGUGAGUUAUUCAUCGACAGUGGUGGUAGGUACUUGCUGAUAUGGUUCUUUUUGCUCAACCUCCAAAUCUGGUCUCAUUUUCUUGCAGAUACUUUGGAUGUUGUUCAAGACAUUGAUUGGGUCAUUUCUCUUGGAAAUGCUUUUGCAAAGCAGUAUGAGCUUUAUACAUAUGAUGAUGAGCAUUCUGCACUACUUCACAGCUUUCUGAAUGCAUGCUUAUUUUGGUGCUGGAUUAAGUGGAGUUCUGGCUUGGUGUGUGCGAAUGGGAAGGAACCAACCCAAUGCCCCCGGAUUUCUGUCACCUUCCAUCUUUACUUCCUAUGUAUCCAGGGUCUUGUUCAAUGCUUUAGCUGUGUUUGCUCUAAGGGAGAUCAACUUAUCAAAAGUAACCUUCUCAACAACAACAUUCUACUUAAGCAGGUGAGUAAUCAAGAUUAA